GACGAGAUGGAGCCUUCCGGACAGCUGGACUUCGACCUGCAGGCUCUUCUGGAACAGCUCGAUCAGGAUGAAUUGAGCAAGUUCAAGUCUUUAGUGAGGACACUUCGCCAGGAAAGGGAGCUGCCGCAGGUCAUCCAGACGGAGGUAGACAAGGCUGAUGGGAAGCAGCUGGCAGAAAUCUUCUCCAACCACUACCCCAGCUACUGGGUGCAGUGGGCGGCCAUCAUGGUCUUUAACAAGAUGAACCGGACGGAUCUGUCUGAGAGAGUACGGAAUGAACUCAGAGAAGCAGCUAUGAAAUCACUUGAGGAAAACAAGCCUCGAUCACUGGACAUAAAGCGUACAGAGGCCCCAAACCGUGAAGACGAGGAAGAAAUAAUACGGCGCUUAGAAGAAAGAGACCCAGGUAAGGAGGACACAUAUAGAGGGAUAAUUAUGAAGAAGUUCUGGAAAGCCUGGAAUAACAAUGGGCCUGGAGCCGGUGAACACAUCAGCGACGUCACCCAGAGAGACAAGAUGCUGAUCCCCUUCUGUGACCCGAGGACGCUUCCAGGGGUGUUUCCACACACAUUGGUGCUCCACGGCCCCGCGGGCUUUGGGAAAACCACACUGACCAGGAAAGUGAUACUGGACUGGACAGAGAACCACCUCAAUCAGACGUUCAGAUACGCCUUCUACUUCACCUGCAAGGAGCUCAACCGCAUGGGCCCGUGCACCUUUGCAGAGCUGAUCUCCAAGGACUGGCCCGAAUGGCGGAAUGACCUCCCGGAGGUCCUCGCCCGAGCAUACAGGAUCCUCGUCAUUAUUGAUGGUUUUGAAGAGCUGAAAGUCCCCGAGGGGGCCCUGAUCCGAGAUAUCUGUGGCAACUGGGAGGAGCAGAAGCCGGUGCCCGUCCUCCUGGGCAGCCUGCUGAUCGGGACGAUGUUACCCAACGCCACGUUACUGGUCACCACGCGGUCUGAGGCCCUGGGGGAUCUCCGGCUCCUGCUGCAACAGCCCCUCUUCCUAGAGAUCGAGGGCUUCCUGGAGCAGGACAAGAAGGCCUAUUUCUUGAAACACUUUGAAGAUGAGGAGGAAGCCCUGCGAGCUUUCGACUUGAUGAGGAGCAACUCGGCCUUGUUCCGCAUGUGCGCUGCGCCCGCAGUGUGCUGGGUCGUCUGCACGUGUCUGAAGCUCCAGAUGGAGAGGGGGCAGGACCCGGCCCCCACCUGCCUGAGCGCCACGUCGCUGUUCCUGCGUUUCCUCUGUGGCCAGUUCAUGCCGAAUAAACCCUUCUCGGAGACGGACACGAAGGAGUUUCUGUACUGCCUCUACGAGUCUCAGGACGAGGGGCUGGUGAAGGACGCCAUGGCCCCCUUCAAGGAAAUAUCCCUGCACUUGAGAAAUAAAAUGGACAUGGUGCACUCUUCAUUCUGCCUCAAGCAUUGUCAAAACCUGCAGAAAAUCUGGCUGCAUGUAGCAAAGGGGGUGUUCCUGGAGAGUGGUCCUGCGUCGGAACCGCACGCUCAGCUUGAGAGAUCCCAGGAUGAUCAACACAUAAUUCCUUUCUGGAGAGACCUUUGCUCCAUGUUUGGCUCAAAUAUGAAUCUGAAAUUUCUGAAGAUCAGUGAAAGUUUCCUUAGUACCUCAUCAGUGCAGCUUCUUUGUCAAGAAAUAGUUUCUACCACCUGUUAUCUCCAGAAAGUGGUCCUCAAAGACAUUUCCCCAGCUGAUUUUUGUCAGAACUUCUGCCUCGCUUUACGUCGUCACAAGACUCUAACACAUCUGACCCUUCAAGGCAAUAACCAGAAUGACACGCUUCCCUCAUUGUGUGAAAUCCUGAGACACCCAAAAUGUAACCUGCAAUAUCUCAGGCUGGUGUCCUGCUCUGCUACCCCUCAGCAAUGGGCCGGUCUCUCCUCCGCCCUGGAAGCCAACGAGUCCCUGACGUGCCUGAUCCUCUCGGCCAACAAGCUCAUGGAUGAAGGCGUCAAGUUGCUGCACACAACUUUGAGACACCCGAAGUCCGUCCUGCAGAAGCUGUCGUUGGAAAACUGUCACCUUACAGAAGCCUGUUGCAAGAACCUCGCUUCUGCUUUGAUUAUCAGCCAGAGGCUAACACACCUGUGCUUGGCCGAGAACACCCUUGGGGACAGAGGGGUGGAGAUUCUGUGCGAGGGCUUGCGUUACCCCGAGUGUAAACUGCAGAUCCUGGUGCUGUGGCACUGCAACAUAACCGACAAUGGCUGCAAACACCUCUCGAAGGUGAUCGAACAACAAUCAAGCCUGACACAUUUGGAUCUGGGGCUGAAUCACGUUGGAAUUACCGGACUGAGGUCUCUGUGUGAGGCUUUGAAGGAGCCACUGUGUAACUUGAGAUGUCUGUGGUUGUGGGGUUGUUCCAUCACCCGCUUCAGCUGCGAAGACCUCUCCGCUGCCCUCGGCAGCAACCGAAGCCUGAUCACUCUGGACUUGGGCCAGAAUUCCUUGGGGUUUAAUGGGGUGAAGAUGCUGUGUGAAGCCUUGAAACGUCAAAAUUGCCCCCUCCAGACACUCAGGUUGAAAAUAGAGCGAUAUGAUGCUCCGAUGCAGAAGCUGCUGGAGGAAAUGAAAGAAAGCAACCCACAGCUGACCAUUGAAGACGACAGGUACGAUCCCAGGAAGAAAAGACCUUCUUCUCGCUACUUCGUUCUCUGA